GAAGAUCUGCAAAUGGAGAUUUUAACACAAAAAAAUACUAUUCAGCAAGAAAUUGGAACAACCACACUUGGUUGGAGAACUCCGUUUCUUGCAAGCCAAGAAAACACGUUUAAAGUGUUAGCUGAAAACCAGUUUUUGUAUGACAGUUCGUUGGUAACCUUUCCGGGUACACGAUGGUGGCCAUAUACGUUGGACUACUUGCCUUCUUUGCCAUGCUACAUGACAAACUGUCCAAAAGAUGCGUAUCCUGGAUUAUGGGAAAUUCCGUUGGUUACAUUGCAAUGCGACGAAUCAGCUACAACAUUCGCCUCAAUGCUCGAUGAAUGUACAAAUUUAGAUACAGAAGAAAGCACGUAUAACAUGUUAAUGAUCAAUUUUAAGCUUCACUACGAAGAUAGUAAGCAACCGUUCCCCAUGUUUGGCCAUUCAACUUGGUUUGAUAAUGCACCUUACCGUAAAGAUGCUGUCAUAAGGUUUAUGAACGAUGUUCGAAAGUUCAACGACGUUUACUUUGUUACUGCCCAACAGGCAAUUCAAUGGAUAAAGUCGCCGGUCGGUAUCGAUGAAAUGCCGUUUUCAUGUGAUCGUUUAAAAAAAAAUCAAAUAGAAAAUGUGUUAGUUAACAGUGUUCAGCUACAAAUUUCUCCAAACGAAUCCGUAAUGACAAAAACUUUUACUGCUCCGUCUAAAGCCGAAUUAAUCUUGACGAACUUAGUUUUACCAGAGUCACUUCAACCAGCAUCAAGUUGCAAUGUUGCCAACUGUAUUUUACCUUCAUGUAGAUGCGCGGGAACAGAUAUACCUGGCGGAUUGUCAAAAGUUAACACCCCGCAAAUGAUCUUAUUAACUAUGGAUGACGGGGUUACAUCAGAAAACUACCAACUUUACAGUGAGUUACUAAGCGGCAUGACUAACUUUAAUGGCUGUCCAAUCAAAGCCACGUUUUUUGUAUCUGGUGAUAAUACCGACUAUGCUUACGUCAAGAAAUUGCAACAGAGCGGUCAUGAAAUAGCAGAUCAUUCGAUGACUCACAAGUUUCCUAUUGAUUGGUGGAGUAAAUCAGCUUUAGAAGAUCUGCAAAUGGAGAUUUUAACACAAAAAAAUACUAUUCAGCAAGAAAUUGGAACAACCACACUUGGAUGGAGAACUCCGUUUCUUGCCAGCCAAGAAAACACGUUUAAAGUGUUAGCUGAAAACCAGUUUUUGUAUGACAGUUCGUUGGUAACCUUUCCGGGUACACGAUGGUGGCCAUAUACGUUGGACUACUUGCCUUCUUUGCCAUGUUACAUGACAAACUGUCCAAAAGAUGCGUAUCCUGGAUUAUGGGAAAUUCCGUUGGUUACAUUGCAAUGCGACGAAUCAGCUACAUCGUUCGCUUCUAUGCUCGAUGAAUGUACAAAUUUAGAUACAGAAGAAAGCACCUAUAACAUGUUAAUGAUUAAUUUUAGGCUUCACUACGAAGAUAGCAAGCAACCGUUCCCCAUGUUUGGCCAUUCAACUUGGUUUGAUAAUGCACCUUACCGUAAAGAUGCUGUCAUAAGGUUCAUGAACGAUGUUCGAAAGUUCAACGACGUUUACUUUGUUACUGCCCAACAGGCAAUUCAAUGGAUAAAGUCGCCAGUUGGUAUUGAUGAAAUGCCGUUUUCAUGUGACCG